GUAAUUUCUACAUACCAAGUUCACCAGCCGAGGGCAUAGUUCCUCCGUGUUUUUAACGGUUGAUCUGUUAACUUUGGGAUUGCCUUUUUGUGUGGAUCCGACGAUCAGAGAGCGAGAGGGAGAGAAGGGUAGGCGCGAGAGGGGAGCGUGUGAGUCAGAGAGAGACGGAGGUGAAACGAAAAGCCUCCAUGUUUCAGCUGCCUAUCUUGAAUUUUAGCCCCCAGCAGGUUGCGGGGGUUUGCGAGACUCUGGAAGAGAGCGGGGACAUUGAGCGCCUCGGUCGCUUCCUCUGGUCUCUGCCCGUCGCCCCAGCAGCCUGCGAGGUCCUCAACAAGAAUGAGUCCGUGCUUAGGGCGCGGGCCAUCGUGGCCUACCACACCGGGAAUUUCCGAGAACUCUACCACAUUCUGGAGAACCACAAGUUCACCAAAGAGUCUCACACUAAACUACAGGCCCUGUGGCUCGAGGCGCACUACCAGGAGGCAGAGAAGCUGCGGGGCCGCCCGCUAGGGCCAGUGGACAAAUACAGGGUGCGUAAGAAGUUCCCUCUACCCAGAACGAUAUGGGACGGAGAGCAAAAGACCCACUGCUUCAAGGAGAGAACCCGACAUUUGUUACGAGAAUGGUACUUGCAGGAUCCUUACCCGAACCCGAGCAAAAAGAGGGAGCUCGCGCAGGCUACUGGACUUACUCCCACACAAGUGGGAAACUGGUUCAAAAAUCGUAGACAAAGGGAUAGAGCGGCGGCUGCGAAAAAUAGGCUACAACAGCAAGGGAUGUCCCAAGGCUCGGUUCGGUCUUUGGCAGAUGAUGAUGGAACCGUCGAUCGACUCGGUCCCGCCUCUAGUCCCGAGGCUAGUUUGUCAAGCAAAGCCGCCACCUCGGCUAUCUCGAUCACUUCCAGCGACAGCGAAUGUGACAUCUAAUGGCGCACGAGGCAGUCCAGAGGAGGGAGAGGAUAAAUUCACAGGAGAUAAAUAAAGGAGAUCCUAAAAGACAAUCUAACAAAAAAAAACAGUCAGUGCCUGCGUUUGAAUUUAAAGAAACUGGUCUUCUUUGAUGGCUGCCAAAACAUGAGGGAUCUGACGGAAUGCCCUGUCUUAAAGCUAUACUUUCUUUUUGUUGUCGUUUUUCCGCUAUGGAUGGCUGAAGCUAAUAAAAGCGGACAGAAAAUGUAAAGAAAAAUCAUAUUCAUAUUCACAAUCCCUUUUUAGGGAGGACUAAUAAACCAAUGCCUCAAGAUACAACUAAAAAUGAAGAAAAAAAAGACAUUUGAGCGCCUAACCUGCUAUUUUCUGUGGGUAUUUCAUGUUGAAAAGACGCUGUAAUAUUUUUACUUUACUUUUAAAGUUUUAUAAAUAAUGUUUAUUUACCUAUUUAAAUGAUUGGCUCUGUUAGAAUGUGAUAUUAUUUUGCUUGGUGUUUUUAAUAUUUACCUUGUGCACAGGUGAACCCGUUGAGCAUGUGCGCUUUAGUAAACAUGUGUUUCAGUAAAAACGUUUUUUUUUAAAGAAGUAAAGAUAACUUAAUAAAAUAAUUGUUUAUCAAAAGA